AUGAAGAGCUACCCCUCAGACUCCGCCACCCGCUGGGCCGAGGUUGUUGCAAGGCACACUAUUUUCGACCAGUUUCUCCAUCGGGUUUGUUUCUCCAGCUCGGUCUUCAACGCCCUAUCCAAUUGUUCCUCCUCCCCGGGCAUUCAUUUCGGUGUCAUCGCUUUCCCCGGUCUUUCGUCUCCAGGGUUCCUUUGUCUUUUUGCCUUAACUGGACGAACCCAGCUUGCUUAUUUGUCUCUGCGAACUCCUCAAACAACUCCCCGGUCCUCAUCAAACCCCGCCGCCAUGUCGACAUCCGCUCGCAGACGUCUUAUGCGUGAUUUCAAGCGUAUGCAAACCGAUCCUCCUGCCGGUGUUUCUGCCUCGCCCGUAGCAGACAAUGUUAUGACAUGGAAUGCCGUCAUUAUCGGCCCUGCUGACACUCCCUUCGAGGAUGGUACCUUCCGUCUGGUCAUGCAUUUCGAAGAGCAAUACCCGAACAAGCCUCCCGGUGUCAAGUUCAUUAGCCAGAUGUUCCACCCCAAUGUGUACGGAACGGGUGAAUUGUGUUUGGACAUUCUCCAAAACCGCUGGAGUCCUACCUAUGAUGUGGCGGCUAUCCUUACCAGCAUUCAGAGUUUACUGAAUGACCCGAACACGUCAUCCCCCGCAAACGUGGAAGCCUCGAACCUCUACAAAGACAACCGAAAGGAAUACGUCAAACGUGUACGUGAGACCGUCGAGAAGAGUUGGGAAGACUAG